UCGUUCCACGUGUGUAUUUCCCCACCGGUAAAAUGUCUUCUUUUAUUUUUAUGGCGAUUCAGUUGUUGUUGUUGAUUCUCGUUGCUGGGUUCUUGUCGCCAGGGCUACCGUGGCUAUGGCGCUUCGUCCUCACCAGGGCAACUGUUGCUACCCACCCGCACCCUUCCCUCCCCCGUCGUUGCUCUGAUUGGCUGAACGCUGCCAAAUUGUCUUAAAGCCACAGGGACAGUCUUCUUUUUUUUUUACUACAAAGCAUUCCACGCCCAUUUGUGGAAAAUUCCUGUCUAUCACGGAUUUAUGGCAGUGAAAGUAAUCAUUCUGUCGUUCAUUAUUUUAUAUUGUCACAGUAAAACAAUCUAAAAUUGAGCUAUACAAAUACUACAUGUAUUUAUCAUUGGUGGAACAACUGUGUGGUUGAUAUUGAUACUCUGAAACCAAGCAUUUUCAGUGAAAGAUCAAACAGUUUUCAAAAUUAAGAAUGAAACAUCAUAGGUUACAUCUGAUCACAAUACAAAUGGGUUUUCUAUUUCACCAUUAUUAUAUUAACUGCUGUCCGUAGUAUAAACAGAACAGCUAAUUCUACCCCUGGAUAGCCAGUUGAAGAAAUGAUACAGAGAGACACAGAGUCACUUAUACAGAGAUGCAAUAGUUAUGUGGGUCAUUAUUAGAAAUUGUUAUUAUUAGUAGUAAAUAUUUAAUUUUAAAAGUCAACACAAAUGGAAGAAAAUGCAGGAUCAAAUAGUGCAAUCUUGUGUUCAUUGUACAUAAAACAUGGGUUUAUUAAGGGGAGGAAAGGUCCAUAGCAUUUUGAUAUUGCUCCUAUGACCUUCACACUUCUUUGACACCGCGUUAACUAGUAUAAGGGUGAAACACCAUCCUAAAAGGCCAUUUUGUUUGCAUGUUAUCUUCACAUUAAUUACAAAUUCAUCAUCCCCAUUGUAAUUUCCCAAAUGGGCGACCUUUGGCAAUGUGGAUACACAGAUAAAAUGUGUUUUAUUUUAGUCUGACUCAUAAUAGGACUUCUAUGUUAUCUGACUUUGAAAAUGUCACUGGUACUGUCUCAGUUCACCCUUUGGAAAAGAGAUGUUGGAAUAAAUAAUUUUCAAGAGAAAAGGAAAAUUAUACAUAUGGAAGUUUUACAGGGUCAUGUGUGGAAUCAAAAUGGCAAAGCUGGUGUAUAUAAUUAUAAUAUCAAUCACAUUGGCUUAAAUAUAUCGCUGUAGUGGUGUCUGUGAGUGUUAAAUCUUAUCAAGGGAAUUCAUGGUUACAUGUGUAAUAAGGCCUGAAAGGUCUCUGUGUCAUAUUACCAUAUAUUUUAUAACUUUUAUUUUUGAAAUACAUUCCAAUUUAUAAUGCUCUUGUUGUGGGAUUCAGUAGCUCUAUGUGAGUAUCUCUAUAACCCAUUCAUUGUGCCAGCAGACGGUGUCAGAUGUAAUUUAUUUCACAAUUGGAUUUUUUGGACCACAGCAUUUAUAUAUCUGCAAAUGUAAGUUUCCCUGUGGAAAAUUGUUACAAUGAAAUUAUGCUUUCCAAAAUCACUACAUGACCCAGCACUGUUCAUUGUUUUACAUAUUAAAUGUAAAUGAGAUCUAAAGAAGUCAUUAUAUUUAGGGACACUGAAGGUUCCAAAAGUGCUUCACAUGCUGAAACACUAUUAUCAUAGAGGCCUCUGAUAUAUUCAUUAAUUAUGCCACCUUUGGUCAGCUUUUUGUCUCCAUAAAGGUCACUGACUGUAUCUGUCUUUCGAAUCUGUUCUUCUCUCAGAGAAGGCCUGCAUACGCACUAGGUAUGUCUCCCUUGCAGGGCUCCAACCCCCUUUAUAAACCACGCCUGGGUCACCUAGAGAGGCAUAGCUCUUGCAAACAGGGAGACAGAAAGCUAAGUGCUGCACAAAGCAAAGAAACUACUGUCAUUCUAAUCACUUCGUCAGCUUAAUUUCCUUGGGAUAUGUGGAAAGGUGUGGUUCUUGCUGUGUGUCUGCUGGUGGCUGGGGUUCAGCCCAUGGAGGACCCAGCAUAUGGGGUGAAGCUCUGUGGCCGUGAGUUCAUCCGGGCAGUCAUCUUUACUUGCGGGGGCUCACGAUGGAGAAGGUCACUCAGGAGCUCAGCAGAUGAUUCAGAGGACCUGUUAAGCUCCCGUCAGGAUGAGUCCUCUGAAGGCUUAAGUCACAACUCGCUGGAGAGUCUUCUCCAAAGGAACAGAGAUCUAAGAUUACCUUCUCGAGACCACCAAGAAGACAUGUUUAGCAGACAGACGCGUUCUUUCAUCACUGAAGAGAUCCUGGAAGCCCUGCGCAAGGCUGACCGCAAGGGCCGCGAUGUGGUGGUGGGUCUGUCUAAUGCCUGCUGCAAGUGGGGCUGCAGCAAGAGCGAGAUCAGCUCGCUUUGCUGAGAGUUGACCUUUGCCAUCCAGGUGAAAACAGGUCAUAGCAUUUAAUAUAGAUUAAUAUACAAACAGACACAGAAAUACACACAAACUCUCCCUUUUUUCCAAUUCUCAUGAAUCUUAUGACAUUUUAUAAAAAUCUCUAGCCAGUGUCUUUGAGUUAGACCGUUAUUUGAGCUAUUAGAAAUAUUUAUUUUUUAGUAUGCAUUAAGUGUAUGGAAAGGGCCGUCAUGUGCUCAAAACUGUUUGUAUGUUCCUGGGAACAAAAUGCGUUCCAUGCAUUGUAAUGAACAGCCUUAAAUAUUCUGUCUUGAUCAAAUCUGUUUUGUCUUUCUCUGCCACUAUCGUAUACAAUAAUAUAUUUUGUUUCUAUUUUUGCUUUACCAUCUGAAUUGUGCACCCGAGGACUCAAGGGAAUGAAAUUCUUUGUUAAGCUCAAUUGGCAACAGCAUCAUUAAAUGUCACUAAUGUCUGAUAAUGUCUCAUCUUGUUUGUAUUGUAAGAAGAUUGUUGGUUCUUUGCAUUUGUUCCAAAGCACACAGAGUAUAAAUAAGUGUUUAGACCCAUAAUAAAAAAAUGUAUGUUGAUGACAUGUCCUCUUUUCUCAAUUUCCAAAUCGUAAGUCUCACUUUGCCUAAAACGUGCUGUUGUAUCAUAAUUUGCAUUUGAAAAGUCCCCAUACUUCCAUAACAACAUAUUUUGUGAGAGAGAGACAUUUUCAAGGGGGAUGAAGUAUUUAGAUCCUUUACUACAAAAAUAUAGAAUUAUUCCAUUACAAGUUCAAGUUUCACAAUUUAAAUCAAUCUUGAAUAAAAGUACAGAAGGAUUAUCAACAGUAUCAAAAAAGUAAAAGUUAUGUCUCUGCAUAUUAAUGACCCAAAUAAUAACUAAUAUAACAGAUAAUAUUAUAUAUUACAUUAAAGCUUGAAAAUACUUCAUCAAUGUGUACAUUUUUGGACAGUGACUCCCAAAUUUGAUAAUAAGCCACAACCACAAGAUAUAUUGUUGGGGUCAUGAGAUGGUUCUUAGCUGUCCACAAAACAUUCAUCUCAUUGCCUUCUGUCUUGUCCAUAUGAUCUUUAGCAAACGGCAGCAUUUAAAAAAAGUGUUCAACUACAGUUCAACCUACAACUUCAGAGGACUGUUUGAGGAUGAAGACUUGGUUUUUAAGGUCAGUGUUAGAGUUGGGGUUAGGCAUCUGUUUGUGAUGGUUCAGGUUAGGGUAAGGGGCUAGGGAAUGUAAUGUGCCAAUGAGUGUCCCACACCGGCAGAAAGACAAGAACGCGUGUGUGUCUCUGUUCCUUAAAGCUCAUGAAAAGGAAACAGGCCAAAUUGCUCCUCAGAGCUCAUGAUUCUUUGAAAAUAUUUGAGGACUGACCUCUAUGACCUCUUAUGCGCUCAUGGAAUCUAUUUUUUAUUUUAUUGGAUCAGUAUUUAUUUUGUAUUUAUUUAUUUGUUAUUUUUUGACGCAUGUUUAACGUGUCCUUAUGUGCCUUGAAUAUUUUGUAGGGUUUAUUGUUAAGAUCUUAAUGCCAAACAUUCUGUAUAUGAUCUUUGUUCGAUACAAAAAAAUAAAAAUAAAAAUAAAAGAACGUGUGUUUGUCUCGCGGUUUAUGCGUCAC